CCACGCCCAUAUUUACUUUUGAGAUAAUUUAGUGUUGCAAUACUUGACGUAAUUGUACCAACAAAAAAAGGUUCAUAAAGGCCCUUCAAAUCGAAAAAUUUGCAGUCCACGGUGAGCAACCAUGAACGGACACUUCUUAUGCUCAGGUGAUCUCAUCAAAUUGAAUGUUGGUGGUACGCGGUUCUCUACAUCUAGGCAGACAUUAACAUGGAUCCCUGAUUCAUUCUUCUCAAGCUUACUGAGUGGAAGGAUAUCCUCUGUCAAAGAUGAAACAGGAGCAAUAUUUAUUGACAGAGACCCCAGCUUCUUUGUGCCAAUCCUGAAUUAUUUGAGGACCAAGGAGCUCAAUAUAAAAGGCAUUGAUAUCGAGACACUCAAACAUGAAGCGGAAUUCUAUGGCAUAUCACCAUUAGUCAAGAAGCUGACGUUGUGUGAGGAACUUGACCGGGCAUCUUGUGGCAGUGUGCUCUUUCAUGGCUUUCUUCCUCCAUCACCCUUCCCUGUCAGACAUGACUUACCCGAUCAACAGAGGUACAGCUUUGCCGGUGAGGCAGAGUUUAGAACAAGACCUGGAUCUAGAGGAGGUUCAGGAAGGGACCAGAGACCAGCCUCCGCUAUUGAUAUCAGGCCUUCCAAACAUGAUCUGGACAUACCACUUGAUGGUAGCAUAGAUCCCAGACGGGUGCUCAUCGUCAGCGGCCAUCACAACUGGAUCGUGCUGGCCUACUCCCACUUCAUCUGUUGCUACCGCAUCAAGGAAUCCACUGGCUGGCAUCAAGUCUUCCAGUCCCCCCACCUGGAGCAGACGGUGCACAGGGUCGCCCUCAACCCCAAGGUGGGCGGGGCCGCCCAUCUCGAGAACCGGGAGAAGAUGGUUGCCGUGGCGUUCGGAAGCCAGAUCAGGAUGUGGAGUAGUAACGAAUCGGAGGAGAAGGUGGAAAUUGGUACCUUUAACCUUGGAGUGAAGGUGGAUAGCUUAUUCUUCAUUGGUAGUCAGCUAGUAGCCACUAGUCAUGUAGGCAAGGUUGGUGUAUGGCAUGCCCUUACACAAACAUGGCAGGUUCAAGAUGUCAACCCAAUUGCAAGCUACGAUACAGCAGGAUCUUUCCUCCUACUUGGAUGCACAAAUGGAUCUAUAUAUUACAUAGAUAUGCAGAAGUUUCCCCUGAGAAUAAAGGACAAGGAUCUGUUGGUAACUGAGUUAUACAAGGACCCUGCCAAUGAUGCAGUCACAGCACUCAGUGUGUAUCUUACACCAAAGAGCAGCUUGAGCGGGAACUGGAUUGAGAUAGCAUACGGGACAAGCUCAGGCAAGGUACGGGUCAUCGUCCAGCAUCCCGAGACGGUGGGUCAAGGACCUCAGCUGUUCCAAACAUUCACAGUGCAUCGGAACCCCAUCACCAAGGUCAUGCUCUCUGAAAAAUACUUGGUUUCUGUCUGCUCUGAGUACAACCACGCCCGCACAUGGACGGUGACCCGAUUCCGAGGGAUGAUCUCUACUCAACCAGGCUCCACCCCUCUUGCUUCUUUCAAGGUGUUGUCUCUGGAAGACUCUGAGCCCUUCCCUUGCCAUCUGGUCGGCAAUGAUAUAGGACCGUUUGGAGAGAGGGAUGACCAGCAGGUGUUUGUUCAAAAGGUAGUUCCAGAUACAGACCAAGUCUAUGUUAGACUCUCAUCUACUGGGCAGAGGGUGUGCCUUAUCAGAUCAGUAGAUGGCAGCAGCAUCUCAUCAUUUUGCGUCCAUGAGUGUGAGGGGUCAAGUAGGAUGGGGUCACGACCCCGGAGAUAUCUCUUCACAGGUCACGCUAACGGCGGUGUACAGAUGUGGGACCUGACUUCUGCCAUGGAAAUAUUCAACAAGAAUGAAAAAGCAGAAAAGAGUUCAACAGACAUUCUUCCUGGUGGGCCUACAGAGGAGGAGCUCAUCAAGCUCCUGGGAGGGUGCGACGUUAGCGCCUCCCGCUGCACCACGCCCUCCAUGAGCCCCGCCUCCUCCCAGCUCAUCCCCCUCCUCCGAGCCACCCAGCUCCGGGCCUCCAGCACCACCCUACGCCAGCCAAGCAUGGAGGAGAUUCAUCCCAGGGGAGGGGCGGAGGGAGGUCAGGAGGAGGGGGGUGAUGGAGAGCACCUACCCAGGGAUGGUGGAGGUGCCGAGGCGUGGAAGGAGGGUGGUUCACAGUCAGUACCUCACAAAGUUUCACAUUGUUGAAACUAGGAAAAAUACAGAUCAACUCUAUCUAUCCUAUGUUCAUUUGUUUACACAGUUGAACCAUUUUAUAGAGAACACUGCUAUAACAAGCUCUCAUUAGAUAUUAACCUGCACUUGCUACUCUCCAUCCAGGUGUUAAAUGGGAACCUGGUAGGAUGCGACCGUCAUUGUUGAUCAAACAGUUUUUGA